AUGCCAAACGCUCCAGGCCCAGACCCAAUCCAAGGCCCAGACCCAUCCCUGGAAACAGAGAGACACACCCAGAUCACCCCCAUCCCCAUCCCAGCAACCCCAAGUCCACCAAUCACAAAACCAAGAUACUACUACUUCGCCUAUGGCUCGAAUCUCUCGCCCACUCAGAUGGCAGCCCGCUGUCACAAGAAUCCCAGCUCCAGCAAGCCCCUUGGAAUAGCCUCGCUUCCCCACUGGCGGUGGUUCAUCAAUAACGCGGGCUUUGCGAACGUCCUUCCACCCUCUGGCCUAAGGGUCCCGAAUCAAGAUUCCGAUUCGGCACAUGAAAUCCCCGUUUCCGGAUCAGAGGACACGGUGUACGGUGUGCUCUAUGAAAUGGAUUUGCGCGAUGAAAAAGUUCUGGACAUGUACGAGGGCAUUGAUGUCCGCGCCGAAGAUAGCGACGGUCAAUUUGUGGAUGUCAACGUGAGACCCAAAGAGCAAGGAAGGGGAAGUUACAACAAGUGGUUUGUUAAGGCGGAGGCAGUGAAAUGGCUCGAUGAGCAUGAGAAUCCUGAGACGGAAGUGGACGCUUUGGUCUAUGUUGAUGAGGGUUGCGUUACGCUCUCCGAACCAAACUUCGAAUACAUUGCACGGAUGAAUCGGGGGAUUCAUGAGUCUGUACAGCUCGGGUUGCCGCAGCGGUGGGUGGAUGAAGUCAUCAGGAAAUUCAUUCCCGAAUAG